UAGCUGAGGUUCCUCAUUUGGUGGUUCUACACCUUUACUUCAAAGUAAAACACAUUGCACUGACUCAAAAGGGAAUUAAAUAAAUUCUAAUGAUGAUAACUUGGGUUCUGCUUUGCUUUGCCGUGUUUCCUGUUUUGAUUACCACUUCCAGUAUUGAAGUAAUGAGUGGUAUGCAGCAGUCUGGUAACAUUACACUUGGAGGUCUCUUCAUCAUCCAUCACACCACUGAUGAUGGCGCAUGCGGCGAACUUUUCCCACAAGGACUUGGUCAUGCAGAAGCAAUGAUUUUCGCUAUUGAGGAGAUAAACAGAAAUCAGAGCGUGCUUCCAACAAUAAAACUGGGAUAUGACAUACGAGACUACUGCGAAAGCCCUGAGAAGGCAAUGAGGCAAACUUACGAUUUUGUCCGGAGAAAUGACGCUCGAUGUGUUUUUCCACAUGUAGAAAACGAGACAAUGGAGACAAAGCCUAUUGCAGCAGUUAUUGGUCCAACAGACUCUGGAAGUGCUGUUCUGGUUGGAAGCCUUUUGCAAGUGGGGGGAAUUCCCGUCAUCAGUCACUCAGCAACAAGCAACGAAUUGAGCUCUUCGCAAUUCCUUCAUUUUUUCCGCACCGCUUCACCGGAUGGACAACAAGUAAGGGUUGUUGCUGAUAUUCUACAGUAUUUUAACUGGAAUUAUGUAGCUGCCGUGGCAAUGGACGAUUCAUAUGGCAAAAACGGCAUGAGGAGUCUAGAACUCGAGGCUGAAAAGAGGGAAAAGUUUUGCCUUUCUUUUGUUGAGUUUAUUCCACGGAAAGAGUACAAUACAACGAUAAAAAGAAUUGUAAGGAAGCUCAGGGACUUCCCAAACAUUGGUGUCGUAGUCCUUUGGGUUUUUGGCAGUUACGGAGUUCAUUUUCUUGAGGAAGCAGCAAAGCAGAAGCUGUUUAAUCGCACCUGGAUUCUUAGCGAUGGUUUAGCCACUCAAACCGAUUUGUUUAAGAGUCUUAAGACUGAGGACCAAGCAAUUCUUCAUGGGUCACUCGGUAUUCAGCCUCCAUAUGUGGACAUGAACAGUGGCAAUUUCGGCAACUUCUUGAUUGAAAGGUCAACAAAGUCACCAAACGUCUCAUGGUGGAGGGAAUUUUGGCUCACGGAGGACAACAAAGACUGUUUGAAAAUUAGUAAUCCAAAUAAGCGAUGCAAGAACAUAGUGGUCCACAGACUAUACGAGACCUACACUCCCUAUGUGGUGGAUGCUGUCUAUGCUGUUGCACAUGCCCUUCACAACAUGAAAAACUGCUCCGCAUCAAAGUGUGAGAAUCUUGAAGACCUUCACUCUCCAACGGAUACAAAGGAUCUCCAGAGGCAUCUUCGUCUCGUUCGGUUUUCGGGAUUAACUGGUGAGGUCAGCUUUGAUCAUUUGGGAGACCCUGUAUCGUCGUCGUACGAAAUCGUCCAUUAUCAGCUUACUAACAUAUCAAAUCCACAAAAACUGGUCAUUGGCUCGUGGUUGAAAAGCCGGAAGCCGAGGCUUCACUUAAACGUUAGCAAAAUCAUGUGGAAUACUAUGACUAGUGCUUUUUUUCCAAAGUCAUACUGCCAAGAAGAUUGCCCUGCAGGUACAAGUCGAUCAAUUACUACUCCCUGUUGUUGGAAGUGUCUCAGAUGUCCAGAUGGAGCCAUAAGUACACGAGUAAACGAGGCAAACUGUACUGAGUGCCCUCGAGGACAAAUGUCCAAUAAAGAGAGGUCGAAAUGCUUAGAUCUUCCAGAAGUUGAAGUCAGCUGGUCAAGCCUGGCGUCAGUCCUUGUGAUUCUAUUUAGCUCAAUUGGAUUUCUUCUCAUUGCCAGUUGCAGUUUCAUCUUUCAUAAACAUCGAAAGACUCCACUGGUCAAAGCAGCUAAUCGCGAGUUAAGUGCAAUCCUUAUGUUAUCAAUCACGAUGUCCUUUGUAGCAUCGAUUUUAUCUCUCGUCAAGCCAACAGACUUUAUGUGUGGGUUGAUUUACUGUUGGAAGUCAAUGGUCCUUGUUACGUUCAUCUCCGUCCUGAUAAUCAAGACCAUGAAGAUUCUCAGCGCAUUUCACAUAAACGUUGUAGCGGAGAGGUUCAAAAAGUUCAUCUUAGUUACAAAAAAACAAACAGUAAACGUUCUGGUGCUUCUUUUUCCACCCACUGCACUCUUUGUCUUAUGGUUUACAUUGGAUUCACCGUAUCAACGACGAAUCAUUCAGGCAAACGAAGGUACCUCUCUCUCCACGUGUUCCUUGCAUCAGUCAGCCGUUGGAAUGAGUUUUCAAGUCGUCAUCUCUGUAUAUACGUCCCUUCUUGCAUUGGCUUGUACAUACUACGCCUUCAAAGCAAGAACACUUCCUGAAAACUUUAACGAAGCGAGAUAUAUUGGAUUUUCCAUGUACAUUUUACUCCUUUCGUCAGGGGCAUAUUUGCCAAUUGACAUCGGACUUAAAGGUGCCUACGCGACAAACUUGACAUGUGCAUUGAUACUUGUGGCUUCUUAUGGACUAUUAACCUGCAUGUUCGGGCCAAAGAUUUACGCAAUUCUAAUCACCCCUGAGCAAAAUACACAUCAUGCUGUAAGUUCACAAGUGCUACACUACUCAUUCGGACUUUUUCGAAAGGGCAAAGUUGCUGUUGCACCUGCGAAGUCAGAUGCAUCAUGCAACAAACAAAACAUGCAGCUGGAAUUUUCCUCGACAACUCAAGUAACUACCUAAAGAAGUAUCCUGCGAUCUUCAAUAUUGUCCGAAAAAGGCACCGGUGAAAUGCCAGGAAUCAUCUGCAUUCUGAGCUUUUAGGGUGUGACAGAGCUUAAUUAUAUGCAAAACGCUACGGUCAUUGAAAGCGCAAAAGAAUGAGAUUUUCAAAAAGAUGUAACAAUGUAAUCGUAAUGGAAAUAAAAUUGGAAUUUCACACUAAUUCAUAACAGGAGAAUAUUACCCGUGCGAACCACUGACUUAAGUUCCUUCUCGAAAAUAGCUACUUGAGCAGGUAAACUUGGGGUGGUCACAAAAUAGUCAAAAUGUAUCUAUGUAAACUUAAAACAACAUAAUACAAUAACUUUAAAGAAACACGGGAAACCCAUCAAAGGACACGGAUAAAUGCAAACGAAGACAAGAUUACAAGGGUCCGAUAGAGUCUCAUUAAAGAUCCUUCGGAUUGACUUGGGCGCGAACGUCAGUUUAAGAUGAGCGGUUCGUUGGACAAGACAAUAAAAAAAUUCUUAAUCAAUGUUUGUGAUCGUCCAAGUAAGUGUGGAACUGAAAAAGACUUGUUGUCGGUUACAGUGGCUGAUAUGCGGAGAACCUCGGCGAUAAGUCAUCAUUAGUUGACUCUUAAUGAUGUCUUCGGCCACGUUUUUCAAAAAGUUAGUGUAUAUCUCCGACAAUAGGCUUUUUAAGGUCUUCAGUUACUUGGACGAUCUCUCCACACGAUUGAUAUGAUUUUCUAUAAAGUCAACCGUUGGCAUACUCCGAUAGGCAACAAUCAUUCGAAAGGCGCAAAGCAUGUACCAGACUGUAAGGACGAAAUAAUUUUAAGAAAAAACUUUGAACCAUCUUAGUCAAGGGGUGACGAACCCAGAAAAGUUA